AAUUAAUUCAAUCUGUAAAGUAGAUGUUAAGACUUAAAAAUGGCGGCCCAAAAUCUUUCUAAUGGAUGGGAUCAUACAAAUAUAUGCGAAAGAAAUAAAGACAAAAUGGAUGUUCAUUUCUCAUACCAUUGCGGAGAAAAUAUAGAACUUUCUGAGGAAAAACAAAAAGCUUCAUGGAAUCACAAAUAUUCAGGUGGAAUUGCAUUUUCUAGUCAGCCAUUACGACUUAAUUCUAAACUGAAAUUGGAUUUAACUGGAACCGGACAUGCGUAUGUUGGAAUAAUAAAACGUGAUCCGGCGUCGGUAACGAACAUGAGAAAAGCAUUAACAAGUGACAUUAUUGUUGCAACGGAAGUUAAAGUUCAUAAAAGACUAGGGGCCGUUAACAUAGUUUCAGAUACAAAAGACGGAAAGGAUUGUAUAAGUUUUGAAUCUUAUAAUGGAACAAAGACCAUAGACAUCAAUAGCGAGGUCUGGUUGUUUUUGUACAUUAAAUUUGGAGAUAUGAUAGCUGUUUUGCACUCCGAAACUACUCAUGACAGAUGUUUUCAUCACGUGACCGGAUGCAAUAUUCGAUGUUUAGACGAAGACAGACGAUCUGUAAAACUUCUCGUGGAAAAUCCCGCCGCGGUGUGCUGUCUUAACAAAAAACUGAAACCGGGACAUUCUGUAACAAUUCAAACAAAAGCAAUAUCAGAAAACAGAAAUAAACCAAGCCGGUGUCAUAUCAAACUUGGGAUUAUUAAUAUUGAUCCGUCCGAACUAAAGUCACGUGACCCGGAAUCGUUUCAAGUUGACAGUAAAGUUGCGUGUCCAACACGCUGGAAUAUCGUCCAAACAUUUUCGAAGGAAAAUAUUGACGGUGAAUUGAAAUUAUAUCUUACAAAUACCGGUGAAUUGUAUUUUAGUCAUGACUCUGGAAUUGAAGGAACACACAAAUGCCAUUUAAAUGAUGCCUCUUCUGGAAUAUCAAUAAUAUUAGAUUUGUUCCGAGCGGAAGCGAGUGUCACAGAUUAUCACCAUGAAGAAAGCGAAGAAUGUGAAGAAAAAGACUAUGACUAUGUUCGACCGGAAGUUGAGAUAUCCGAAACUAUUAAAAGGAAACUUCAAAUUUCAGACAAACAACAUGAAAAAGAAAGUUCUUCGUCGGAUCGUUCGUCGUCAGACAGUGAUUAUCUGGAAAUGAAAGAUGUGUCCGAUAGCCACAAAACAUUUUCUCCUAAUUGUAAAAUAAGUCCUCGGCUCACAAGGUGUGGGAUGUACAAAAAAGACAAUUCGUCGUCUAAUGUUCAAGAAUGUAAAUAAAAUAUUACAGAUUUGAGACAACGAAACAAUUCAAGCUUUUUAAAAAGCUACUGUUUUCUGAUAUUUUUAGCCUUGUUAAAUGGUUUAACGAAUUUUAAAUUGAUUUUUUCUUUACCAUAUAUGACGUGUUAAGGCAUUAUAAGUACGUUAUAUGAUCUCAAAUGUUUGUAUGUUGUUUUAUGAUUAGAUAUUUUACAAUGGAGUUUUAAAAUUCAUUUUAAAUGUGAUAAUAUGAAGGAUAUGGACAAUUAUAUAUCCUAUAUCCUUCACUCAAAACAAGGCGCUCCAUUUCAGGAAUAUUUAAUUUACUUA